CCGCCCUUUCGGUCCUUGCCAGCCCAGCGGCGGAGUGUGAAGAAAGGCCCUGAUUCCCCGGCGCCGGCUUGAGGAGUGGGUGGGGCGGCAGCUCUGCGUUCUCCUCUGCCGCGGGGCCCGAGGCGCUGGCCACGGUGCUGAAAGCUGCGCUCUCGUUGGAGGGAGCGGGGCGGAGCCGGGACGAGCGAAGGGGGCGGAGCUCCCUGGGGCUCUCCGCUGGAAGGGGGCGGGGCAGGGCGGCGCCCGCAGGCCCUGGACCCUGGCGGGUUUGAGGAGGCACGAGACCCGAGGCAGGCGGGCUCAAGCAGAGCGGACACAGCCCCCUGGACAAGCUUCCCCUGGAGAAGCCAAGGUCAUCCUCCCUGACCUCAGCCUCCUCCCCACACCCGGCUGAGGGGGAGACCCACUUCUGGGCCUCCUUCCGUUCGCAAAGCCACUUCCAGCCCACAAGUCCCCACCCCAGGACCCAGCGCCCUCACGAUGGUGAAGUUGCUGCCUGCCCAAGAGGCAGCCAAGAUCUACCACACCAACUACGUGCGUAACUCGAGGGCUGUGGGCGUGAUGUGGGGCACACUCACCAUCUGCUUCUCCGUGCUGGUCAUGGUGCUCUUCAUCCAACCCUACUGGAUCGGGGACAGCGUCAACACGCCCCAGGCGGGCUACUUUGGUCUUUUCUCCUACUGCGUGGGCAACGUGCUGUCUUCUGAGCUUAUCUGCAAGGGUGGCCCGCUGGACUUCUCCUCUAUCCCUUCUAGAGCCUUCAAGACGGCCAUGUUCUUUGUGGCCUUGGCCAUGUUCCUCAUCAUUGGCUCCAUCAUCUGCUUCAGCCUGUUCUUCGUCUGCAACACAGCCACUGUCUACAAGAUCUGUGCGUGGAUGCAGCUGGCUGCGGCCACAGGCCUGAUGAUCGGCUGCCUGGUCUACCCAGACGGCUGGGACUCAAGUGAGGUCCGGCGCAUGUGUGGGGAGCAGACAGGCAAAUACACGCUGGGGCACUGCACCAUCCGCUGGGCCUUCAUGCUUGCCAUCCUCAGCAUUGGAGACGCUCUCAUCCUCUCCUUCUUGGCCUUCGUGCUGGGCUACCGUCAGGACAAGCUGCUCCCUGAUGACUAUAAGGCCGACGGAAAAGGUAAUUCUCUCUACCCCAGGGAGCCGAGGCUUCCUCUCUGCCAGUUGCCUGAGGUGUGUCCCCUGGCCAAGGGUGGGGACACCAAGACCAGUCAAACACAGCUCCUGUCCCAGAGCCCAAGGGGGAGGCUGCUGGUGGAGAGAGGAGCAAUAGGGGAGCAGAGGGAUGAGCUGCUUUGGAAGGAGGAAAAGCAGGUGAAGGUGCAGAUGUGA